UGACAACGGUGGUCAGAGAGAGCAGGGCAGUGGGUGUUAUUUAUUUGGAUUUUAUUAAUGCAGUUAAUAAAGUCCCUCGUGGUAGGCUGAUCCAGAAGAUUAAGAUGCAUGGGGUCCAUGGUGAAUUUGAUGUUUGGAUUCAGAACUGGUUUACUCACAGAAGACAAAUGGUGGUGGUGGUGGAAGGAUGUUUUUUUCUGACUGGAGGGUCUGUUACCAGCAGGAAUUUGUGCUGGGCCUUUGUACUUUGUGAUACAUAUAAAUGACAUGAAUGUAAAUGAAGAUGGGUUGGUUAGUAAGUUUGCAGAUGACACCAACAUUGCUGGAAUUGCAGACCGUGAGGAAAAUUGUCAAAGUAUACAGUGCGAUAUAGAUGAGCUACAGAAAUGAGCAGGGAAAUUUGAUGGUGGGGUUUAAUUCAUACAAGUGUCGGGUGUUGCACUUCAGGAAGUUGGAUGUAAGGAGAAAGUAUAUAGUCAAUGGCAAGACUCUCCACAGCAUUGAUGCACCAGUGCGUCCAUCACCAUCCACGAGAUGGUGGCAUUGCAACUCGUGUGAGCGAACAGGGUGGAGAGGGGGAGAAAGACAUCUCGACGAACUCUUCGGGUGAGGACGACGACCGCGUUUGUCGCCGCGGGAGAGCGUGUGCUGGGACUAGACGCCUGGAAGCGGGGCGUGUGGAGAGGGUCUCGGAGCCGCCUGAAGCCCGGGCGAUCCCCGCGGCCAGCGGGCCCUUGGUGAGGACACACCCCGCCUCGGGGCGGCUUCCACGGGACAUCAGCCCAGCUGCGAGGCCGGAAGUGUAGCGGGGUGGGGAGAGAAAGAAGAAGAGAGAGAUCACAAAGCCAGGUAGAGCCGCUCAAGCGGCCGCACCCUACCCUCGACCAGCAGAGGGGCUAGCACGGCCUUCCCGGCCGAAUAGCCCGCGGCUGCUCGCCCAGUACAGCGGGAACCAAGCAUGGAUCUGAAGAGCGAGCUGCUGAAGUCUAUCUGGUACGCGUUCACCGCCCUGGACCGAGGGAAGAGCGGCAAGGUGUCAAAGUCUCAGCUGAAGGUGCUGUCACACAGCCUGUACACGGCGCUGAACAUCCCUCACGACCCCACUGUCCUGGAGGAUCACUUCCGAGAUGACAAUGACGGGCCCGUCUCCAGCCAAGGCUACAUGCCUUACCUCAACAAGUACAUCCUGGACAAAGCACAAGAUGGUAAUUUCGACAAGGAAACUCUCAAUGAACUCUGCUGGACGCUGUCAGCCCGUAAGAACUACACGCCCUCCAAGAGCCAGAGCCUGAUCGGUGCGAGAGAGGCCUUCAUGCUCUGGUGUCUUUUCAACUUCCUGUCCGAGGACAGGUAUCCCCUGGUCAUGGUACAAGAGGAGGUUGUGUACUUGUUAAGGAAGUUGUUCACGGCGACGGGACACGAGUGGCUUCAUGAAGAGGAUCUGAGUGACCAUUUUACACAGAACCCCUCCCUUGAGAGGGCAGUCACUGUCUGGCAGUUCUUGGACAUGAUAGAAUCGGGGAAGUUGACCAAGCCAGCCAGCAAAGAGUCAUUCGCUCUGGGGAUCCAGUCGGCUUAUGAGGAGUUGGUGUUGGACGUGACGCAAAAGGGCUACAUGUGGAAAAAAGGAAUUGUUCUGCGGAACUGGAUUGAGCGCUGGUUUGUGCUGAAGGCUUGCACCAUCUUGUACUAUGUCAACGAGGACCUCAAGGAGAAGAAGGGGGAAAUUCAGCUCGAUAAGGACACCGUGGUUGAGGCGCUCCAGGACAAGGACGGCAAGCGCUGUUUGUUCUGCAUCAAGACUGCGAAUCGAGCGUACGAGCUGAGUGCAUCUGACACCAAGCGUCGGCAGGAGUGGAUGGAGAGUAUCACCAUAGCCAUUGGGCUUCAGGCAGAGAACAAGCCGCCUCUGCACAGGGAGCAGAAGGCCCGGCGGCGGGAACACCGACAGCAAGUAGCACAGAGGAGGAAGGAGGAGGAGCAAUGCCUGGCGGUGUUGCAGCAGGAGAAGCAAAAGCAGCUGCAGGAGCUAGAGAAGCUCAGACAGGCCCAGGAAGAUGCUCGGGCCAUUUGGCACAACAAGGAGUUCCAGUGGACGGAGCAGCAGGAAGAGAUGGAGCAGGUGCUGCAGAAGCAGCUACACCAGGCUCAGGAGGACAACCUCCACCUGCAACUGGAGGUGGAGCAGAAAGAGGUGGAGGCAGGAUUUCACCGCCGCCGGAUUCAGGAGCUGGAGCGGAUGCAGCGAGGGCUGGAGCAGGCGUUGGAGGUGGAGAUCCAGGCGCGCACUAGCGAGCAUGCGGCACGCUCGGCACAGGCACGGCUGUUGCAGGAGGAGGAGGAGAAGCUGAGGGAGCUAAUGAGGCUGAAGUCGGAGCAGGAUCUCAACCCUCUGCUCUGGCAGGAGGAGCGGCAGCAGAUAACCCACGAGGCACAAGCUCUGCAGCAAGCAGUGGAUGAGCUGAGGAAGAACCGUCGGCAUCACAAGCAGGAUCUGGCUGCGGCGAAGACAAAGCGGAGGCAGGCGAGUCGAUGUGUGAAACAGUGGAACGUGCAGCUGACCCGACUGAUGCAGCCGAUUGGGCCUGGGGACACCCACGGUAAACAAAGAAGCAACGUCAUGAGCCACAGAGGGGAUGGAAUCUUCGUUCCCACGAACCACGGUCCCAAGGACCCCCAUCACAAGACAAGGACACGAGGAAAGGGCGACAGACCUAUGGGCUCAACCCAGGUCUCGGAGGACUCGUCAGAAUCCGACUCUGAUGACUAUGAAAACGUGGAAGAAUAUUUGAAGAACGUGUCACUGAAGUGAUCGAUGUCGUCGUAGGAGUGCAGCAGUUGGUUGUGAUAGACUGCAGAGUGUGAGAUAAGUGUGAAUAAUGCCAGGCAGGUUUCUCACCACCCUGUGUACCAGCAAUAGACCCAGUGCUAGUUUCCACUUCCUCAGUGGAUUAGAGUACCUCCAAUUUACAGGCAGUCUUUGUGAAGCCACAUGGAGGUUGGGGAAAGCAGGAGAGACAGACUCAUCAGCACAAGUGGCACUGAUACAUCAAACCAAUGAUAAAAUAUUCCUAAAACUCAUCUAUGCCUCAUCUUUCUAUAGGCUUAUUGUUAUAUUUGCAGUGACUGAUGUGGAAAAUAAUUCACUAAAUGCCUGUGGUGGAGUCUUUCCCGAGAAAGUUCCGUUUUGGUCACCCUGUUAUAGAAAGAAUGUCAUUAAGCUGUAAAGAGUGUAGCGAAGAUUUACAAGGAUGUUGCCAGCUCCUGAGGGCCUGAGCUAUAGGGAGAGGUUGGGCAGGCUAGGUAUUCAUUUGGGCCUGCUCCCAAGCUGUAAGACUAUGACUCUAAUGGAAGAGGAAUGAGAGAUGCAAUGAGGCUGGAGGUUGGAGGUGGGCGGAGAGUAACAUAUCCAUCAGCUGAGAGAUGGGAAGAGAGAUUCACUUGUGGAAAUAUUGUUGGCACGGGAGGAGGGACGGGAGAUGAAUGGAGAUGGGGUUGUGGAUGGAGCUCUCUGGAUAAAACAGUUCUGAAUACUUAUCUGUUCUACUCGCUACAUCCUGAAAGAACUCUUAAGACAUCAGUCAUAAAUUAAUGUUAACUCUGCCCAAUGUAAUGUUAUUACAUGCAGCACAUGAAUGGCAGCAUUUUCCCCACCACUAACAUCAGGCUUACAGACUAGUAGUUCAUGUUUGCUCUCUAUAUUCUUUCUUAAAGUGUGGGCUCAUAUUUGCUACUACAGGAGCAACUCUAGAAUCUACAAACAUUGGAAGAUAUUAAUCAGAAUCUCUAAAGCCACCUCUUUCAAAACUCUUUAAUGUAGAUUACCUGGUCUUUAGGAUUUAUCAGCUUUCAAGCUCACUGACUUGUCUAGCACUAUUUCUGGAUUCUGAAUUAUUUCCUUCAGCACCACAUGCUCUCUGGACCCUCGCUUCACAUAUAAAUUGUGCAGGUUUUGCGCUUUAUUGUCUUCUCUGAAGACAAAAACAAAGGAUUUGUUUAAUUCCUCUGCCAUUUCCUUAUUCCCCUUUGUAAAUGUUCCUGUCUCUAGUCUGUAAGGUGUCCCAUUCAUCCUCGUUUACCUUCUUAUGAACCAAUAUAACUAAGUUUGUUUUUUAUCUUUUCUCGCCAAUCUACACUUCACACUUCUAUCUUGCCUUUAUCAAUUCCUUGGCCCUCCUCUGCUAAGUUCUAAAAUGUGCCCAGUCCUCAUGCUUACUGUCAUUUCUGGCAACUUUAUGUGCCUUGAGUUUAGAUUGAAUACUAGCUCUAAUCUGAUAGCAAUAAAUAGGCUCUUCAGCCUGCAGAGUCAGUGCUGUCCAUUAGUCUCCCAUUAACACCAAUCCAACGUUAACCCUAUUUUUUAAUCUCCUCACAUUCGCAUCAAUAUUCCCCACCGAUUCUACUACCUACCAACACUUUUCUAUUCCUUUGCUCUUCAGAGAUAGAUUCCAAUUCUUUGACAUGAUCAGUCAAUAUAAUUUCUCCCCACUGCAUUUUAACCUCUCCAAUAAUAAUGCCAUGUCAUCCCCCCCCCCCCCCCAUUUCUCCCAAAAUGGCAAAUAUCCUGGAAUAUUUAUUUGCUAGGUUUGUUCACCAAGUAUUGGCAAUGAAGUGUUUCACUUUGAACCUUGCUAAUUUCCCCUUCCUGCUUUAUCUUUCUCCUCGAAUUUCCUCUGAGGUUCCCAUCCCGCGAGCAAGCUGGUGUGGAGCAAGCUGAGAGAGGGAUAUCGGAUAAAGAUAUUACCAAUGCUGCAAGACAAGUCCAUGGACUUACUGAAACUAGGGAAGAUAUGCCCAUGGCUUAAGAAGUUGUGUAGGAAGGAACUGCAGAUGCUGGUUUAAGCCAAAGAUAAGACACAAAAUGCUGGAGUAACUCAGCAAGACAGGCAGCAUCUCUGGAGAGACAGAAUGGGUGAUGCUCAGGGUCGAGACCCCCCUUCAAUUGUGUGGAAGAAUGUAUGUGAUGAGAUGUGACAUAAGAGCAAAGGAGAAAAAACUAGUAAGACAUUUCACUCCACUUAUCUACCCAGCCAUUCACCCAAUUUCCACAUGACACCUAUCUUCCUUGAAAGUCCACAAAUCGUGAUUAUUGUUGAUACUAAAUACACACACCCCUUUAUAUGGAGAGAUCUAAAGAUUCACAAUACUUUAAAGAAGUUGCUUCUUCGACUCCUUUGUAAAUGGUUGACCUUUUGUUUUGCACAAUUGUGUCUCUUGUUCUGGACCUUCCACCAAGGGGAAACAGGCACUCUGUAUCUCUCAGCAUCUUAUAUAUUUCAAAGAGAUCAUUCUUUAAUCCAGUCAAGAGGGUGUUCUACUGAAUGAUAAGACAACCCACUCACCCAGCAAGCAAUCUGGACAAUCUACAUCAUACAGAAUAUCUGUGGAGGGGGAUGAACCAAACACAGGCAAAUGGGACUAGGUUAGAUGGGGCAUCUUGGGCAGCAUGGAUGAGUAGGACAGAAUGGCCUGUUUCCAUGUUGUAUGACUAUCACACCAUCUAUUCCAAAACUAAAUUCAAAUGACACUCUGGCUGUGGGUUACUGAAGUUCUGAAAUGUCACCGUUUUUCUUAACCCACCCUUUGCGGUGAAGGCCAAUAUAUUCUUUGUUAGACUUGCAUGUCAAACCUUUGUGUUUUAUUCCCUACAAUCAAGAUCCCAAUGUGCCAAAACCUUUAGUAUCUUCUCACUAGAAAGAUAUUCCAUUGUUCUUUCCAUUAAAAUGAAUGACAUCAUUGAAUUAUAAGCAUCUAAGCUAGUCCAAUUUUCCUGUAUUUGGCCAUAUCCCUCUUUAUUUCCUAUCCAUGUACCCGUCUUAAGUGCCUUUCCAAUGCUGUGAUAGUACAUGGCUUAACUACCUCCUCUGGCAGCUUGUUCCAUAUACCCACCACUCAGUCAAAAAAUUGCCCCUCAGGUUCAAGUAUAUAUAAGAUGUUGCCGCUCUCACUUUAAACCUAUGUCCUCUGGUUCUUAAUUUCCCUUCCCUUGGAAAAUACUUUGUGCAUUCACCCUAUGAAUUUCCCUCAUGAUUUUAUAUAAUUCUACAAGAUCACCCUUCAGCAUCCUGCGCUCCUAGGAAUAAAGUCCUAGCACGUCCAACCAUUCAUGAUAGCUCAGGCCCUUGGGUGUUGGAAACAUCCUCCUAAAUCUUCUCUCCACUCGUUCCAUCUUAAUGGCAUUCUUCCUACAGGGUGACCAAAACUGAAUGCAGUAAUCGAAAUGUGGCAUCAUCAAUGUCUUGUACAACUGCAACAUAACCUCCCAACCUUUAUAGACAAUAUACCGACUAAUGAAGUCCAUCAAAAGCCUUCUUUACCACCAUAUACACAGUGAUACCACUUUCAGCUAACUAUGUACCUGUACGCCUUUGGGACAGUGCAGUGGCACAGCGUAUCUGCAUCAAACUCCAGCUAUACAAUCUCUCCUUAUAACUAAAACCCCUUAUUCCAGGCAACAUCCUGGCAAAUCUCUGGUGCAAUCUCUAUAGCUACCACAUUCUUUUGAUGAGAAUAAAAUGGGAGUAGUAUAAGGGG